AUGAGUUCCAUACCAGCUUGGAAAAAAUUAGGUUUAUCAGUUAAUACAAAUACUCAAGAAGAAGAAGAACAGGAUUCAUUUCAAAGAAUAGAGAAUGGAGAUUUAACAAAUAAACAAAUUAAAAAACUAUCAAACAAGAAAAGAAAAUUACAAGAUGAUAUAAAUAAAAAAGAUAAAGAUAAAGAAAAGAAACCACCGAAAAGACAAAAAUUACCUAAAAAUGAGAGGAAACCACCUCCAAUACCCGAUCAAUUAACAUACUUAAAACAAUUUGAAACUGAUAAAUCAAAUUGGAAGUUUAAUAAACUGAAACAAAAUUGGAUUCUAAAAAAUAUUAAAAUUAUACCUAAAGAUUAUGAAAGUGCAUUAGUUUUAUAUAUGGAAAGUAUACAAGGCGGACUGAGGGAUCGGAUAGUAACCGAUUUAAAAGAGGUGAUAAAGAAAUGGAAUGAAAAGUAUGAAGAGGCUGAAAAAAAGAUUGAACAAGAAUUGGAAAAGAAAGAAGACGAUCAACAACAAGAAGAAAACAUAGAGGAAAAAAAAGAAGAAGAUAAAAAGGAAGAUAAUAAGGAUAAUAAGGAUAAUAUAGAUUUAGAUUAUGCUUCAAGAUGUCAAUUAAUACUUGAAUCAAUGAUUGGUGAAGAUGAUAUAAUUGAAGUUAAAGGUAAGUAA